GAACCCGAUUAGCUCCGAAAGAGAAACUGGAUAUCCCAAUGUUAUUCAUGCCAGAUACAAUGAAAAUGUAUGAGGCUGUGGUGGUAAUUCAUGUAAUGAGGGAAAAUGGAGAAAACUGGUCUUAUGAGGAUUCUGCUGAAUUAAAUAAAGACUUAAAGAGUGUUACUCUAGCAGAGAAUGGAGGAAUUCAGGGAAUACUCUGGAUUUAUCCGCUUCGUGGAAUACCUGAAGCACCACAGCAGAAAUUAGUUCCAGCUGUGGUACGCUGUCGAGCCAGGCAGAGAGUAGAAAGAAGAGUAGAAGUGCAGCUGACAGGUGUGGUUCCUGAAGCAAAUGCUAUGCCUGCUGGAAGAAAUUCUACCAUGGUCAAUACAAAUAAGCCAGCCAACAUCCAAGAAGAAAUUCAAGUCACUGAUGCAGUGGAAUUUCUGUAUGAAUUACAAUAUCAAUCAAAUGAAGUUAAAUCUCAGCUUGGAGCUUUGGUUGGUAUGCAUCUGAUUCAAAGAGAACGUGAUACAGAAUCUGGAAUCGUAACGCUGAUCUUUAAUAUAGUGUUUGCACCUAACAAACCGAUGAGGAAUGAAGCAACUCUCGUAGUACAGUGCGCUACAAGAGGUGUUUGGAAGUUUCCCAUGCUGUUCAUUGCUACAGAGCCAGAAGUGGAUGAUGUCAUCAACAUUGAAGCAGUUGGCCUGAAUAAAGAAUCUAUAGUUGGCUUUAAGCUUACAAGCCCGACAAGGAACCCAGAACCAUUCACUGCACGCUUCCUGGAGGGCAGCGAUCCUGACUUCCUUGUGUUGCCACAAGCUGGAGAACUUCUUCCAGCAGGCACUGUGGGAACCCAUAUAACGGUGGGAUUCAAGCCAAGGAUGUAUGGCAAGAAGCAUACAGCAACACUUGUAAUUCAGACACAGUCAAUGCAGUGGACAUAUGAAAUCAAUGGACUGCCUCCGCAGACCAUAGCACCUAUAAGGCCAGCAAAAGUUGUUUCUACUGGCAGUUACAUAAGAUCAGCCACAGUUCGACAGCGCAAUUCUUUACGUGAAAAUCUGAAACUUACUACCGCUGGAGUAUCCUCACCAACCAAGGGGGCACCUUUGGUUCUAAGAACAAAAUAG